AUGGUGUUCAGUGGCUCCUCUCUCCAUCAGGGUCAGUUCGCCCGGUUUAAGCGCUACGUCGGCCACAGCGCUCAGGUGACCAACGUCCGCUGGGCUCAGGAUGACUCCGCCCUGCUGACGGUGGGCGGAGCCGACACCGCCCUGAUGAUCUGGGCCAGGGAGCGAGGAGGCGGAGUCAACAGAGAGCUGGACCCUCCGCCAGGCGUAGACAGCGAGGAGUCAGAGGACGACAUCGAGGAGGACGGAGGUUACGACAGCGACGUCGCCAGAGAGAAGACGGUGGAUUAUGUGACGAAGAUGUUUGCGGUGAGCGUCAGAGAGAUGAGAGGAACCAAACCUCAGCAGCAGCUGAAGGAGCUUCCUGCUGAGGACAGGGGAUCCAGGCCUCCGGUGAGUCGAUCUGCACGGCAGCCAGAGAAACUGCAGAAGAACAACGUGACCAAGAAGAAGAGGCUGGUGGAGGACCUGGUUCUGGAUCACGUCUUCGGGUUCAGAGGCUUUGAUUGUCGGAACAACCUGCACUACCUGAACGACGGCUCAGACAUCGUCUACCACACGGCUGCCACCGCCAUCGUCCACAGCCUGAGCAACGGAACUCAGAGUUUCUACCUGGAGCACAGCGACGACAUCCUGUGUCUGACCGUCAACCAGCACCCCAAAUACAAGAACAUCAUCGCCAGCGGACAGAUCGGUGACGUCGGUGAAAUCCCAGGUACGAAUCCGUCCAUCCACGUCUGGGACGCCAUGAGCAAACAGACUCUGUCCAUCCUGCGCUCCAGCCACGCCAAAGGAGUCGGAUACGUGAACUUCAGCGCCACCGGGAAGCUGCUGCUGUCUGUCGGAGUCGAACCUGAACACACCAUCACCGUGUGGCGCUGGCAGGAAGGGUCCCGGGUUUGCAGUAAAGCCGGACAUCCGGACCGGAUCUUCGCGGUGGAGUUCCGGCCGGAUUCGGACUCCCAGUUUGUUUCUGUGGGAAUCAAACAUGUGAAGUUCUGGACUCUGGCUGGAGGAGCGCUGAUGUAUAAGAAAGGAGCGGUGGGGUCGGUGGAGGACGGCCGGAUGCAGACCAUGCUCUCUGUGGCCUUCGGCGCUAACAACCUGACGUUUACCGGCGCCAUCAACGGCGACGUGUACGUGUGGCGACAUCACUUCCUGCUGCGGCUGGUGGCGAAGGCCCACACGGGGCCGGUGUUCACCAUGUACACCACGCUGAGAGACGGACUCAUCGUCACCGGAGGGAAGGAGCGGCCGACCAAAGAGGGCGGAGCCGUGAAGCUGUGGGACCAGGAGAUGAAGCGCUGCCGGGCCUUCCAGCUGGAGACGGGUCAGCAGGUGGAGUGCGUCCGAUCCGUCUGCAGAGGAAAGGGGAAGAUCCUGGUGGGAACGAAGGACGGGGAGAUCCUGGAGGUCGGGGAGAAGAACGCGGCGUCCAACCUGCUGCUGGACAGCCACGGCCGCGGAGGGAUCUGGGGUCUGGCCACCCACCCAGUCAAAGAGCUCUGCGUCACCGCCAGCGACGACGCCACCAUCAGGCUGUGGGACCUGAGCGACAAGAAACUCCUGAACAAGGUUUGUGUCGGCCACGCCGCUCGCUGCGCGAGCUACAGCUCAGACGGGGAGAUGCUGGCGGUUGGGAUGAAGAACGGAGAGUUCCUCCUCCUCCUCGCCAACUCCCUGAAGAUCUGGACCAAGAAACGAGACCGAAGCGCCAGCCUUCAGGACAUCCGUUUCAGCCCGGACCGGCGCCUGCUGGCCGUCGGGUCGGUGGAGAACACUGUGGACGUUUACGAUCUGAGUGUUGGACCGGGUCUGAUCCGACUGGGUUACUGCAGCGACAUUCCUGCUUUCAUCCUGCAGCUGGACUUCUCAGCAGACAGCUGCUACAUUCAGGUGUCGACCGGAUCCUACCGGCGGCUGGUGUUUGAGGUUCCUUCAGGGAAGCUGCUGAGCGACCAGAGCGCCAUCGACAGAAUCACCUGGGCGACCUGGACCAGCAUUCUGGGAGACGAAGUUCUGGGGAUUUGGCCUCGAAACGCAGACAAAGCCGACGUGAUCUGUGCCUGUGUUUCCCACGCCGGCCUGAACCUGGUCAGCGGAGACGACUUGGGAUUGGUCAGACUGUUCGACUUCCCCUGCACUGACAAGUUUGCCAAACACAAGCGUUUCCUCGGACACUCGCCUCACGUCACCAACAUCCGAUUCUCCAACGACGACAAACACGUGAUCAGCACCGGAGGAGACGACUGCAGUGUGUUUGUGUGGAAAUGUCUGUAAACGUCUGGAUCCGAAGAGCCUGAACAGAACCACAGCGGAUCCGAAGAGCCUGAACAGAACCACAGCGGAUCCGAAGAGCCUGAACAGAACCACAGUGGAUCCAGAACCACAGCGGAUCCGAAGAGCCUGAACAGAACCACAGCGGAUCCGAAGAGCCUGAACAGAACCACAGCGGAUCCAGAACCACAGUGGAUCCAGAACCACAGUGGAUCCAGAACCACAGCGGAUCCAGAACCACAGCAGAUCCAGAGCAGCUCAGCGUUUCUCUCUCCACAGUCAGCCAGACUCUGGACAGAUUCUGUGCCACUGAUGUUUCCAGAUGUUCAGGUACCUUCACCUGGGAUCAGACGCUGCAGCGCCUCCUACAGGUGGAGGAAAGUCUGUGGUGAAAUCUGGAUCAGAACCUCUGAGGUUCUGAGAAACUCCUAACUUCACUCUGUGGACCUGUUUGUUCAUCAAACACUUUAAAAUGACCCUGCAGGCCUCCGUAGAGAUCCAGGUCUGGGCUGCGCUCCGUUUACCUCUGAACUCCAAUCUGGGAACAUUAUCACACUGAACUGGGAUCCAGUUCUAAAGAGGAAAACCAGUUUGAUCCUGAUCCUUGUUCUCAGUCACCAGACUAACUGUUAGCUACAUGCUAACAAGCCAAAUAUUUCCCAAACCUGAAGGAACCUGUUCACUGACAUGUUAUGGAUCAUAAUGUGAAUGACUGAUUGAAUGAGGCAGAAAGCAUCAGAGGUUCAACAAUCAGAUCGUUGCUGUAACUUUCAGCGUCAUUAAUCCAUGCGGCGGCCAUGUUGGAUUGGACUUUUGGGUUGGAAACUUGGAUUUGUUUCUGGUGCGAAAGGAAACCAGAAUAACGAGAUGCAAAGAUUUAAACUAAACGUCCAUGAAGCCACUGAACAUUUGAGAUUUUUAGAUUCUUGCAGGUCAGAUUGAAGCAGAAAUUCGUCAAAAACGUCAAAUAAAAACUGAUUUUAAAAACCGUCUGAAGAUGUAAAGUUGAUCAAACUACCGUGGAGGCUUUCACAGAAACACAGAAACUGUUUUAUUUCCCCUAAAAGCUGCAAAACCAGAACCAGAACCAAUGCAUCAACACAAACAUCUGGACUAAGAAUCAAAUCCAAUCCUGAUGAUGAAACUGGAUCAGAGGCUGAAACGACUUUAAACUUGUGUUUUCCUGAGAAAAGCUGACCAUCAGUCUGGUUGCCAAAGAGCCUCGGCUGCAUCUGGACAUCGUCUCCCUGAAGUGCCUUUCUGGAUCUUUCUGCUGUUCUGUUGGUCUCAGUUAUUCUGGACCAGGACCGGAUGGCAGACGUUUUAAAUCUGUGUUUUCUGUCUGGUGCUGCUCUCUGAAUGUUCAUCCUGACUGGAUAGGAAAAGAUUUUUGCUUUUGGUUUGAUUCCCAUCCAAAGCAUCGAGUUCAGAGCCAGAGACAAUAAUACCUGCAAUGUUUCAUGUUUUCACGCCUGAUGUGUGGAUGAAUUCUCUGUGCUGAAUAUUAACUGUUGCUGUGAAACGAGUCAAAGACUCUGUGGAGAAAUGAACAGAAGAUAAAAACCAGCUGGUUUUAUUAGUGAAAUGUUAUUUUAUUCUCCAUAAUUCCAACACACAGAAACGUUGCUGCUGACGGCAACAAAGUUCCUCAAACAAACAUUGGAAGGAAUCAGCAGAUUUUUCUGUGUGCAGUGAAACAGAUUUCAGUUGAGCUGGAGAGCAGCAGCCAACGCUCUGUCAGACAGAGCUACAGCCGUGGCCAAAGUAAGUACACCCUCUGUACUUCCUCUAACAUGUGAAUUGUGGAGCCUGAAUGUUCCAGAUGCUGGAAAAGAGCAGAAAUCAACGAUCCAGAUGUUCCUGAACCAGAAGCUGCUCUGACAUCAGUUUCAGUGAAAAUGUUUGUGUUGCUCUAAAAUGUGAAAAUGUGAAACUCCUGAGUUUGUUUUAAAGCCCAAAGCUUGAUAUUUGUCCUCUGCUGUGUGAGACGUUUUCCUGACAAUAAACGAGGCUGAUGGAAGGAAA